AUGAGCUCUACGCCCCCUCCGGAUCACUACAAGGUUCUCGGUGUCGCCAAGGAUGCGCAAGUAGCGGAAAUUCGUCUGGCCUAUCGCAAGCUUGUCCUCAAGUGUCACCCCGACAAGGUGCAGGACCCUGCUCUCAAGGCGCAGAAGCAGGAGGAAUUCCAAAAGGUCCAGCAGGCCUACGAGCUGCUGACGGACGAGGAUGAACGCCGAAAGUACGACGACCAGGUGAAGCUGGCCGAGCUCAAGGAACAGCUGCGCAAGACAAAUGUUAGCGGCACCCCGCGAUCAAAUUCAAAGUAUGCCGAGUAUGAAAUUCGCACUGCCGAGCCUCGCGCCUCGUCUUACAAGCCGUCCACCAACGUCCCCCCAUCCGCCGCCAAGGGAUACACGUAUCCGCGAUCUUAUGAAGACGAUGUGACCUUCAGCCCCCGAGUUUACCAGACUGGCUCAUCUCGCACCACAAGACGGGAAACCACCUACGUCGACAGCCGCUCCAAGCGCGAGAGCGAGCGAGAUCGCGAAGCCAGGGAAAAGGAAAAGGACCGAGAACGCCGGAAGAAGGCCGAAAAGGAAGACGCUGCUCGUCGCGAAAAGGAGGCCAAGGAGGCCAAAGACGCCCGCCGGGAAAAGAGAGCAAAGGAGAAGCAGCGCGACAAGGACAUCAAGCGCGAGUCUGAAGACAAGAAGAAGCACACCAAGGCUACGGCCUACGUGGUUGAUGAUUACAGCGAUGAUGCUCCCGCUCCCGCUCCCGCUUCUAAAUCUGACAAGAAGAAGUCGUCGAGCAAAAAGUAUGACGAGAAGCGCGAUCGCUCUUCUCAGCGCGAAGACAUUCACAUCGUGUCUCCCCAGCCCCCAGCCGUCCGCUCCUUUCCAGAGUAUGUGACCAGCAAGUAUGUGGAGCAGCCUCCACGAACUGUGCCGGCCGCCCCAGAACCAUCGUCUUCAUGGGAAGACACCCACAGCAAGCUCAAGGAUGCUGCCUCUUAUAUCGAGGCGGCUCGAGCCAAAGAGGGUGUAGCUGGCCCUGGUGGCCUUAAGCGAUCUAUGACUUAUGCGCCGCGCAUGAACCAACCUCCCGCUGCUCCUACCCCCCCUCCCGCUCCUAAUCAGACGUCUCCAUUUGCUGCUCCCGAUGACGACGAUGUUCGUCGCUCAGCGGCGCGACCUCGCCGUGGCUCCACGGAGAGCAACCGCCCGAGAGACAGGUAUAGCAAGUCGUCGAGGGAGCCCCUCACCGAGCCCGUCGUCAUGAGCGCCUCUCCCAACAACCGCCAUGCCGCUCACCCCGCCAUGUCCGGCUCCCCUCCUCACCUGUCCAGGACACACACCAUGCCUGCCGAUGCGCAGAGCUACCCACGAGCUGUGCCCAUCACUCGCUCCCAAACCUACAACUACGGAGAGGCAACCGACCCUCGUGGCCGCAACCGUACACGCUACCAGUCGCAAAUCGACGAAGAAGACGCCGAUUCAGACGACGUCCGUGACCAACGUGCCAGAGACCGCAGGCACCGCGGCAGCAGGAGGGAACAAUCCGUCGAUCAAGGAUAUGGCGAGACUUCUCGAUACCCCUCUGGAUAUGAGAGCAGCCGACAGCCGUCGUACAGCCGUCGCGCUGCUGAUCCGGAAUCAGAUCGAUAUGGCUACUACUCUUCCGGUCACAAUGAUGCCCGACCUUCAAUGCCAGUCCGCGACAGCAGCUAUUCUGCCUCUGCAGGAGCUGCUCACUUUGCCAAGGUCAAGACGUCCAAGGCUUACGGAUACGACGACAUCCAGUACACCAACUACCACCACAGCCAGAAGCCACGUGAAGAAUAUACUUAUGCAUGA